AUGUGGGUAUCUGCGACGGCGCGCGCCGCUGGGCGGUGCACAUGGCGCCCUUGUACGAUGGUGCCGACGAUGAUUAACACACACAGGAGCUACAAGACGAUUUCGACGCCGAACGCGCCCAGUGCGAUUGGACCGUACUCGCAGGCCGUCGUGCACAACGGCCUGGCCUUUGUGUCGGGCUGCAUCCCGUUUGACCCCCAGACGAUGCAGUGCGUCGACGGCGGCGUCGAGGCGCAGGCGCAGCGUGCGCUUGAUAACCUCAUGGCCGUCGUCGCGGCGGCUGGCUCCGACAAGAGCCAGGUGCUCAAGACCACCGUCUUUUUGAAGGACAUGAACGACUUUGCCAAGGUCAACGCCAUCUACGAAAAAGCAUUCGCGCCGUACAAGCCCGCGCGCUCUGCCGUCGAAGUCGCGCGCCUGCCCCGCGACGUGCUUGUCGAGGUCGAGUGCAUCGCCGCCGCUCGCGAAUGA